AUGGCGCGCCAUCGAAAGGAAAAGACCCCCAAGAAGAUCCCUCUAUCCCAACCUGAUCGAUCCGGUCCCUCCCAAGCAACCCUCCUCGACAUCGCCGAACAGCGCGGCCUCCUCAAAACCUACGAUGGGCAAGCCGACAGCUCUUCACUGGAAGGCAGAGCCGGCGAAGAAGCGGAUACAGAAGCAUUGGUCGGCAGAUUGGGCGAGUCGGUGUUAUGGAGUAUAAGUUUGACGAUGCUGCAUUUCACGUUGGAUGUGUUGAUUUCGCAUCAGUAUGGUGCAGAUAGUAUUGUUUGGCAGGAUAUUAUGUGGAGGGCUUUGCAGGCAUUUCCGGUCAUCUUUCUCCUAAUGUACUUCUUCCAUCAACAUCCGACACCAUCGCCCGUCAUCCCUCCACUCGCUCCAAAAGCUUUGAAAAUAACAUACCAGACUCUAUUUUUUGUUGGCUCGGUCUCAGCCGGAUGCUAUCUCAUUUACAUCACGAACAUGCAUGGAUAUUAUGCUGUUAUGAAACAAUCUCCUCCGCUUGGGUGUCUAUGGAUUUGGUCUGUUAUCGAAUUGGAUCUAGUACCUGCUGUGGGGAGUCUGCUGUGGUGUGUAGUCUUUCUGAAGUGGGGAGGAUACAAUUAUCUGUGA